AUGGCCGCCCUCAUCAAGGAGAUCGUGAGCAGAAAUAAGAGGCGAUACCAGGAGGACGGCUUCGACCUGGACCUGACCUAUAUUUACCCCAACAUCAUAGCGAUGGGUUUCCCUGCGGAGCGCCUGGAAGGCGUCUACAGGAACAACAUUGACGACGUCGUACGGUUUCUAGACUCGAAGCACAAGAAUCACUACAAGAUCUACAAUCUGUGUGCUGAGCGACAUUAUGACACAUCCAAGUUCAGCUGUCGAGUGGCCCAGUACCCGUUCGAGGACCACAACCCGCCCCAGCUGGAGCUGAUCCGUCCGUUCUGCGAGGACCUGGACCACUGGCUGAGUGAAGACGAGCAGCACGUGGCAGCCAUCCACUGCAAGGCUGGGAAGGGUCGCACCGGGGUGAUGAUCUGCGCCUACCUGCUGCACCGCCGCAAGUUCCAGGAGGCCCAGGAGGCGCUGGACUUCUACGGAGAGGUCCGCACGCGGGACAAGAAGGGGGUCACCAUCCCCAGCCAGAGGAGAUAUGUGAUCUACUACAGCUUCCUGCUGAGGAACCAGCUGAUGUAUAAACCCGUCGCUCUGCUCUUCCACAAGAUGCUGUUUGAAACCGUCCCCAUGUUCACUGCUGGCACCUGCAACCCUCAGUUCGUGGUGUACCAGCUGAAGGUGAAGAUCCACACGUCCAACCCGGCUCACACGCGGAGGGAAGACAAGGUGAUGCUGUUUGAGUUCCCACAGCCACUUCCUGUCUGCGGAGACAUCAUGGUGGAGUUCUUCCACAAGCAGAACAAGAUGAUGAAGAAGGAAAAGAUGUUCCACUUCUGGGUCAACACCUUCUUCAUCCCGGGCCCGGAGGAGAUCCCGGAGCGGCUGGAGAACGGCGGCGGCGCCGACAGGACGCACCACAACGUGGGCGUCAUGGCGACAGCGGAGAUGAUGAUGAUGCCGACGACGACGGGCGGAGAGGGCAACGACUUCCUGGUUCUCACGCUGACCAAGAACGACCUGGACAAGGCCAACAAAGACAAGGCCAACAGGAACUUCUCCCCCAACUUUAAGGUGAAGCUGUUCUUCACGAAGACCGUGGAGGAGGCCGUGGACUCCGACGCCGGCAGCACGGCUCCCUCGGUGACGCCGGACGUCAGCGACAACGAGCCGGACCACUACCGCUACUCGGACACCACGGACUCAGACCCCGAGAACGAGCCGGACGAGGACCACAGGCACAAUCAGAUCACCAAAGUCUGACACACACAGACACACAGACACACACAGAGACACACAAA